AUGGAGAGCCUCAGCUCAACGGCGGCGACGCUAGCAUCGUCUUCUCCUCCGUUCAAUUUUUCACCGAAACCGAAAGAAUCGUUUUCCUCUCGAAGAUUCAUCCGGUUUUCCACCUCCCCCAAAAAUAAUGGAAACGAGCCGGAUCUUCGGUCCGAUUCCACCGACGAAGAAUCCAGCAGCAUCGUUCCGUUGCUCAGCAACCGCACUCUCUCCAAAGAUGCAGCGAUGGGCUUGGUUCUGAGUGCCGCAAAUGUUAGGGGUUGGACUACCGGCUCGGGUAUGGAAGGGCCGCCGGUACCGGCGGAUUCGGACGCCAAAUCAAGUUCGGAGCGGAUCUCCACAUUUCCCUGGUCGCUCUUCACCAAAUCGCCUCGUCGACGCAUGCGCGUGGCCUUCACUUGCAACGUCUGCGGCCAACGGACCACUCGGGCCAUCAAUCCCCAUGCCUACACUGAUGGCACUGUCUUCGUCCAGUGUUGUGGAUGCAAUGUGUUUCACAAGCUCGUGGACAACCUGAACCUUUUCCAUGAGAUGAAGUGCUAUGUGAAUCCGAGCUUCAACCCAAAUGCAAACGCGAAUUUGAUGGGUUUCAAGUAUCUUGAAUUUGAUGACGUAAACGAUGGUGAUGAUCUCCCACCGCUGUUAUGA